AUGAUCGACAAGACCUUCAACUUCCUUGGCUCUGAAGGAAGCGUCACCGAGACGGGCUGUCGUCUGACGAGUGGAUGUACUGCUGCCAACGGAGGCCAGGACACCAUCAAGUCCAGUGGCUGCGACAGCAACGAGAAGCCUAUUCAGGUCAAAUACGACAAGGCUAGCCACCUCGGUAUGCCGGUUGGCAGCAACAAGAGUCUUGUUGGUGUUGGCAACAAGGGUGUCCUGUUUGGCAAGGGUCUUCGCUUCAACGCUGGUGCCAAGAACGUUAUUAUUCAGAACAUUCACAUUGAUAACCUCAACCCUCAGUAUGUCUGGGGUGGCGAUGGUAUCAGCCUGUCUGGCAAUGACGGUGUCUGGAUUGACCACUGCAAGAUCAGCCGCACCGGUCGACAGAUGUUUGUUUCUCACUACGAGGCUUCCCGCGUCACCAUCUCCAACACCAAAUUCGACGGCCGCACCGAGUUCUCCCACUCGUGCAACAACGAUCACUACUGGACCAUCAUCAUCGGUGGCAAGGGCGACAAGAUCACGCUCGACAAGAACUACCUUCACGACCUCUCCGGCCGCGCCCCCAAGAUCGGUUCCUCCGAGGGCACUCAGACCGUGCAGGCCGUCAACAACUACUUCAACUACAACACCGGCCACAAUUUUGACAUUUCCUCCAGCGGCCGCGUGCUCUUGGAAGGCAACCGCUUCGAGAACUCCAAGACACCCAUCACCGAUGCGAGCAAGGUGGGUAAGAUCUUCAACGUUCCUGAUAGCGGCUCGCGCACUACUUGUGCUUCGUCUCUUGGACGUAACUGUGAGAUGAACGCCUACACUUCCUCGGGUGCUGUGCCUAGCCGCAAGGAUAUCGUUGUUCUGUCUGAGCUGGGCAAGUACAAGUCUAACCUGGUCACCCCUAUUCGGUACGGAGACGUCAAGGGCCACGUGAAUGGCAACUACGGUAUCGGAAGGAUUUAA